CAGAGGGCGGCAGUACUCGCGCGGCAAACGUCGCGAACGGACGUACGGUCAUGCGAGAGGCGACUGGCAGGAUGGCCGAGCUCCAGUUCGAGGCGCCGCUCGCGCAAAUCGAAGAAGCUGACGACUGCUUCUCCACCGCCGACUACCCGCAAAAGACCAUUAACGGCAAUGACAUACAUCUUAACAACAUAAACAAUCUCAAAAGUGAAAUGAUCAAAAUGAAAACUGAUUCCAAUAAAAUAAACGAUAACGAUGAGCCAAAACCGGUGAAGUGUAAACAGGACAAUAUGCAAAAUGGUGAGGGCGAUAACUUCACGGAGACUUUCUCCGGCUCGCUGGAGGAUCUGGUGAACACCUUCGACGAGAAGAUCACAAAGUGCUUCGGCAACUACGAGGAGAGCGUGGAGAAGUUAGCGCCGGUGCAGGUUCGCUCGCAGGAGGAAAUCAUGAACGAGUGCCAGAUGUGGUGGACGAUCACUGGCAACUUCGGGAACAUCCUGCCCAUCGACUGGACCAAGUCCUUCUCCAGGAAGAUGCACAUCCCCACUCUCACCCUUACUGACAAAAAGGGUGCGAUGACCCCGGACGACGAGGUCCACAGCUCGGAGGACGAGGCGGUGGCGUCGGACCUGGACAUGCACGCGCUCAUCCUGGGCGGCCUGCACCAGGACCACGAGUGCCCCGUCAAGACUGCGGACGAGGUGAUCCAAGAAAUAGACGACAUGAUGCAGGAGACACCGUCCUCAGAGGGAGACGUGCUGGAGUACAACGAGGCGCUCGAGAAGGGCAAGGAGGUGCUCAGCUCGCCGCUUUAUGAAGACAAACUUCGUCAGCUAUCCUUGUCUCAACUGAACGAGAUCUUCAUGGAACUGGAAGUUCUAAUUCGUGAGUUCUCUGAAACCCUGAUAGCGGAACUGGCGCUGCGCGAUGAGUUAGAGUAUGAGAAAGAGUUAAAGAACACAUUCAUCUCUUUACUCCUUGCUGUGCAGAAUAAGAGACGCCAGUAUCACAUAGAGAAGAAGAAAAGACCAGGACCACCGCGCUCACCCAAUCUGAACAGUAGCCAUUCUGAGUCCAAAUACCUGACCACAGUGAUACCGUUCCAUCUGGAAAAUGGCCCACCGGACAACCAGACGCUGCAAGUUCUUAUCAAAAUUCUGAAGGCGAUAAACGACGACAGUCCCACCGUGCCGACGCUCCUAACAGACUACAUCCUCAAAGUGUUGUGUCCAACAUAAACACACGCAAGCUUAGCCAAUUACUCACUCGAUAUUGAAUAGCACUCUGGCACUUUAUAUUAUCACUCCAUACAAUCAUAAAAAAUAUAACAUUAGAAUAAAACGUCAAAGAUUAGCUGUCAUUUUGAAAAAAAAAAAACAUGGUGGUCAGUUGAUUUGGCAAAGGAAGAAAGUUAAACAUCCUUUAGCAAUGAAAAAUGGAAAGUGGUUUGUGUUAGGAAGAAUAAUGCUGAUACCUCAGCCAACCUUUGCCAAAUUAUACUGAACACUUUAUUAAUAAGUUGGAUGUAAUAGUGUAAUGUAUAUUAAAUGUAAACCCGGUGGGAUAGAAUUCUCUGAAUAGAAACACGACACAAUAACAGAGCAUUCCCGAAUUUGACACUUUUUGAAAAUUUGAUAAUGAAUGAUAAGUAUUCUCGAAAUCAUGAAACUUUAAAAGUAAUUUAAAACUCCAUUCGAAUUUCAAAAUAAUCAUAUCUACAUCUUAUAUUAACUUAAGAAAAUUGCCGAGGACUUGUUAGCGUCCUGUAAAAGUUAUUUCUUCUCUCUCUAACAUUCAUCAACUACUUUGAAUGAUAGAGUAAGAAUGAUAUUUAAUAAAAUAUUCAUACAUAUUUGUAUAAAAUAGACUUUACUUAGAGCCAUAAAAUGUUUAAAAAGAAUAUCUCUCUAAAGUAACCACACGCUUCUCAGUGUUCACAUUACUAUAAAUUAAUAAAAAUAAAAGAAGUAUAUAACUUACUCAUUAAUUAUUCAUUUUUGUAACUAAACAAUUGAUAUUUUUAUGUUUGAGAAGUGGUGUUUUUGAUUAAAUUUGGAUUGCAAGAUAAAAAUAUUUACUGAAAAAAAUAAAAAAUAUGUGCUUUAUUGGCAAAGGCACUGCCAAAAAUAAAAAUAGGUAAAUAUUUUGCUGAAAUCGUUGCUAUUGAAGCUAUCUUUAUAUUUUAAGUCGAUUUUGCCAUAUAUCCACGCAUCUUCAAGUGAUCAAAAGUAAUAUGGAUAAUAUUUUAAGCAAACUAAGCAUAUUCGAGUUUCUUGAUUAUUUUAUUUGCAUAAAUGAACUGUGAUAUCGUAUGGUAGUUCGUUGUAACGCUUCCUUUAGAUUUAUACUGGUUUAUAUUGUUUUAUGUUGUUUAGUAAACAUUAUAGUAGGUCCUAUAUUUAUUUUUAUGAUGUAUAUUUUUCAUUCUCAUCAAUUGUUUCGGUGUAAUCAAUCAUUUGUAAAUAUAAAAGUAUUGUGGAAACAUUGAAAACGGAAUUGUCCUUUCAAAGUGAAAAUACUAUUAAUUAGUAAAAAAUAGCUUUGGAGGCUUGUAAAUAGUUUUAAAUAAUUGUCUUUUAAUAGAUUUCUAGUGACGUUGCACUAUUAUUUUUACAGCUGACUCAACCUUGCACUUUUAUUUUUAAGAGGAACAUCGAAUUAUUUUAUUGAUACUCCCAUUUUAAUUGUUAUCUGUUAGUAAAUGUUGGUUAUGUACAUUUUGUUUUCACGUAAAUAUGCCACUUUGACAACACCUUGCGUGGAACGGAACACUUUAAAAAAAAUAUAGCAAAUCAUUACAUCAGAGUACGCGCCAUGAAAGAAGUCCCGCGGAUUUCAAUGGAACUAAAUGACAAUUCAUAGUAAUUCUAUGUAGAUACAGCGACGCCAGCGCCGCGGUCGUGGGACAUCUUUCGUGGCUACGACUCUACUAUCAAUUUCUCUUACUAAUCAACUCAGUGUUCUCCCGCGACAAACUCAAGUUUUAAUAAAAAAAUAAUUAUACGAAUAAUUAUAAUUAUAUAUAAGUUAUUCUCUAGUCUCAACAUUUUGUAGUCAUAAUUUGUUAACUUUAAAUAUGUCAGGAUAAUAAUGUAAUCGACAAUUAAACUGCAUGUUACUGUAAAAGUUGUUGUGGAUUUUCAGUUCGCGUUUAUAUACUUAGUUAAGUAUGUGGAAGCUUAUGUCGCACAUUUUGAAUUUUACGUAGUAAACACUUAUUUGUUGUGGAUAAAAUAAUUAAAAUAUAUAGCGACUGACCAGAAAUGUUGUUGCGGGUGUUCGAAUUUGAAUCUUAUUUCAUCGACACCUUAGAAAGAGUAACCUGAUUGAAAGUUAUUCGAAAAACUAAGGUAAUUCGUCGAAAAUGUGCUUAAAACACCACCUUGUGUCAAAACUUACUUCCUAUUCGAAAGUCCCACAGCACUGCAAAGAACGAACUGAGUCGUUGCAAAGCAAUGGACUAAAAUCAUUUAGCCCUUGUCUAUUGAUCUGUAAAUUAUUAUAACUUGUCCUAAUUUCUAGCCCUUUAAGCGGCCGUUGUAAAAUUGAAUUUAAGUGGAGAUUUCAAUUUAAAAAUAAAUCGAAUCCAAGCUUUGCAUCGAGUUGUAGGCAGCGCAAAGAAAAUCUAUUAAAGGUUUUUUAGCUUUUUAAUAGGUAUUAUAAUUAUUUGUGUAUGACGAAUAGCAUGAAAACCUAGCGGCAUCAUCAUCCACUAUUUAAAGUGCUCAAUGAACUUGCCAAAAUAUCGUUCAUAUUAUGAUGUUAUAAAAUUGCAGCUUCUAUGAAGACGAUCAUCAGCAGUCCAAUACAAAAACCCUAGGGUUGCCUAAACCUUAAAAGAAAUACAGGCUGAUGUUAAAAUAAAAUUGCGAGGAUUUGGAAUAUAUUUAGAUUGAAAUCAAUGGAUUUAUGUAUAUUUUAUGACUAGUUGUAAUAUGACGUGGCAUCGCACUGUGUUAAGUUGCGCUGUAGAGUAGAGAAGGAGGGGAGUCUUCAGGCGUGGUACCUGGUCGAAAUAAAAGAGCUUGGAACAUA